AUGCGAGGCCGUAUCGUCGAUCAUCCACCAUUCCUGAAGAUUCCGGAGAGCUUCGCACCGCUACUUGAACGCCCCUUUGCGAUGGAGUAUGUUAAUGUGGAAGCGGCGAUACAACUUGUCAAGCAUCGAUCAUAUGCAAGCCGACUUACCUCAUCGCCGCCCGCCAGUGUCGCCCGCACCGAGGAUUUCGACGAAGAGGCGCAAUUGCGCCUGUACACCUGCCCUGUGUGCGCUCAGGGUGGACCUCAGCCUUGCGCGGUAAUUCAGCGUAUCCUUCAGAGAGCGAGGCGGAACUUCAUGUCAACCAAGUUUGGAGCGGCUCUCAUGCAGCCGGCGCUGGUUGUGGAGUCGUUGCUGCGGCUUGCGCUAGUGUUUGAUGCAAAGCAGAGCUCCUUGCGCUUGCGCAUUCUGGCGGAGCAGAGCCCUCGUGUGGUGCAUCUUGUCGAGGAAUACCUGUGUGGCGAGGGGUAUCACCUUCCGCUGCCCCCCGUUACAGCGCACGAGGACUGGGCUGCGCUCAACGCUAUGCUGAGGUUCGACGCCAUCCGCGACAACAAAACCCGCGUCAUCACGGACUUGUCGAAGCACUGGAAGAAGCGGCGCACUCAGUUUGAGCAGUUUAUCCACUUUUUUGCCUUCCGCGACGCGCGGCCGGUGCGGCCAGCCAAGAACAUCAUCACACAGUCGGUUAAACCCGGCAUGGUGGCCAUGCUGACAGGGGAUAUUCUGGCCAUGGCUCUUCUCCACCGCCUAGGCUUCUUUAUUCCGCCAGACUACUACUGGACAGUCUUCCCGUUCUUGCGCCAGGCGCUUGGUGAAGGCACUUUGGUGUGUGACGUUGUGCGGCACCUCGGGCUCUACCUUUCCUCGGCACAGCCAGCGGAUAUGUACAACCCGGUGGAGGAGCCGAAUCAGGCCUACCUGCGCUGA